GAAAAUUUGAAACGUAUCGAGAGAUUGAAUCGCGGUGAAUUGGGUACAGCCCAUUAUGGUAUCACUCUAUUUUCCGAUUUGACUCCUGAAGAAUUCAAGUCGCGACAUACAGGACUUUUACCAAGAACUCAGCGGUCAGAUAAUGAAUUACCUCAUGCUUCUGCACAAAUUCCUAGCGACAUAUUUCUUCCCGAGUCUUUUGAUUGGAGAGAUCAUGGUGCUGUUACAAAAGUUAAAGACCAGGGAAGCUGCGGAAGUUGCUGGGCUUUCAGUGUCACUGGUAACAUAGAAGGCCUUGAAGCUAUAAGAUCUGGAAAACUGCAAGAAUUUUCAGAGCAAGAAUUAGUGGAUUGUGAUUCUAUUGAUGAUGGAUGUGGUGGAGGCUUACCAGACAAUGCUUACAAAGCCAUUGAGCAGCUGGGAGGCUUAGAAUCCGAAUCGGACUACCCAUAUGAAGGUAAAAAAGAAAAAUGUCAUUUCGAUCCCUCAGCAACUCGAGUUCAAGUGAGCGGAGCUGUUGAUUUACCACAAAAUGAAACUGAAAUUGCGUUGUGGCUUGUGAAGAAUGGACCCAUAUCUAUUGGCAUCAAUGCUAAUGCUAUGCAGUUCUAUCGUGGAGGAGUAUCUCAUCCUUGGAAGAUCUUGUGCAAGCCUUCUAGUUUGGAUCACGGAGUACUUAUUGUGGGCUAUGGCGUACAUACAUAUCCAAAAUUCAACAAGACUAUGCCAUACUGGAUCAUAAAAAAUUCCUGGGGUCCCCGCUGGGGCGAACAAGGAUAUUACCGAGUAUACCGUGGUGAUGGAACUUGCGGAGUGGACCAAAUGGCUACUUCAGCGGUUUUGGAUAAACCAGUUGUUAACUAGACAAAAAUACACCAAGUGCCAAAUAUGAUCCUGUCCAAACCUUUCCAUGUUUAUAAGUAGUCUCCAAACAAAUUAUCUUCGGCGACUGAAAUAUUGGACAACUUGCAUGCAUUUUUGACUAUUUUAAAUUAAACAGUUCAGCAUUAUUUAUGACUGGCAGAAUAACAGAGGCAAAACAAACAAAUGUCGAUCAAAUAUUACAAUUCGAUGUGCUCUUAAUUUGCAUAAAUAUAGAUAUUAUAACUAAUUCAAAAAGCAAUCUGCUAUUAAAAUGAGGAUAUAAAGGAGCAAGUCGUUCAGUUUUCCUUUCAACAUGUUAAAAUAUCGAUCAACAUAAGAAUACUCUUUAGAAUUAAUAAAAUGAUAUUUGAAUCUACUCUCUUAAUUAGGGACAUGCAUUGAUUAUUGAUAGAAGUAGUGAUUACUACUGAAGCUGAAAGCAAAUGGAGGGAAUAUAAAAAAGAAUUGAUUUAUUUGUGAUGGGACAGAAUAGAAAAUAUAAUCAACUAUAAACUAGUAUUUGGCAAAUUUAUAAAUGAAAUUGUAUAUAUAAUUCCAUA